AUGCGUGAGGUCUCUACCGAAUCGAUCAAAGACAGUCCACCGUCCUGCCCCGAGGACAAACCAGCAGUUUCAACUGACAUAGUUCCGCCCGUCGAGGUUGACAGCAAUGACGAUAAGAUCGAAAAUGGAGAUGACGAUGUUGACGAUAUCGAAGAGAUUUUUGACGACGAAGAUGAAGAAGAUGAAGGAGAAGGAGAAGAAUUAGAUUUAGAAGACGAAGAUGAAAUCGAAGAGGACCAAGAUGAAAAAGCAGUGAUCGUAACCAAAAAACCCGAAGAUAAAGUUGUAACUAAUGAGACACCUACUAAACCCAGCGUUCCGGCCACUAAAACCGAAGAGGUCAAAGCACCGGUCGUGGUGCCAAAACCGAAAGACGAAAUUAAAAAACCUGAACCUUCAAAGGCCCCGGAGGAAAUCAGUGAAAAACCGAAAAUUGAUAUCGACAACACGAAAAAAUCUGAGGCCCCAGCCAAGCUAAAGCCGGAAUUCGAGAAGGGCGAGAGGGAAGGGGCUGCAGCUGAAGCGGCGGCGCCCGAAAAGGACGCGUCCAAGGCCAAGUCGGAGUUUGAAAUCGUUGAGAGGGAGGACAGAGACGCGCUGCCGCCGAAGCCUGCAAAGACUGAGUUCGAAGUCGUCGAGAGAGGAACGGCGGUGAAACCCGUACUGCCACCGCCACCACCUCCACCGUCGUCAUCUGCGGCGGUGGUCAAAGACGACGACCCUAGCCGGCCGUCGGUGAAAGCCGGCGGCGACGACAAAGGCGCGCUGAAACCGGUUGCGCCGGAAAAGGCGGCGGCCCACGUGAAAUUUCAAGAAGACGACGAUUACGACAAGACCACCGGAAAAGGCCGCGUGCCGGCCGCGGACUUUGCCACUCUGGAAAAAGGCGAAACGGCCGUCAAACCACCGGGAGCGACGACGACCGGACAUAAUGCUGCGGUCGGAGACUUUUUGUCUGCCGAACAGGCGCACGGCGGUCAACUCCUGAAAAGUCACCACGAAUCCAUUCAAGACCAACAGCUGGAUUACAGUGAUUCCGGUGAAGAGCUAUCGGACGACGAUAUUGAAAUCGAUUACGAAGACGACGAGGACGACGAAGAAGUGGUAGAAGUGAAACCGCUGCCGCCCGUCGCUCGAAGCGUUUAUAAAAAGAACGACUGA